AUGGCCACCCAGGUGAUGGGGCAGGCGUCUGGGGGAGCUGGGCUGUUCCCCACCAGUGGCAACAUGGGCAUGGCCCUGCCCAAUGACAUGUAUGACUUGCACGACCUCUCCAAAGCUGAGCUGGCUGCGCCUCAGCUCAUCAUGUUGGCCAAUGUGGCCCUAACUGGGGAAGUGAAUGGCAGCUGCUGCGACUACCUGGUAGGUGAAGAAAGGCAGAUGGCAGAAUUAAUGCCUGUUGGGGAUAACAACUUCUCAGAUAGUGACGGAGAAGGGCUGGAGGACUCUUCUGAAGUAAAAGGUGAAUCUAAUGGACUGGAGAACAUGGAAUUGAGGAAUCUGGAGCUCAGUGUUGUAGAACCACAGCCUGUAUUUGAAGCCUCAGCUGCCCCUGAGAUCUACAGCUCAAAUAAAGAUAAUCCUCCUGAAACUCCUGGAGCAGAGGACAAGUGCAAGAACUUGAAGACCAAACCUUUUCGCUGUAAGCCAUGCCAGUAUGAAGCAGAAUCUGAAGAACAGUUUGUGCAUCACAUCAGAGUUCACAGUGCCAAGAAAUUUUUUGUGGAAGAAAGUGCAGAGAAGCAGGCCAAAGCCAGGGAGUCCAGCUCUUCUGGUGCUGAAGAAGGAGAUUUCUCAAAGGGCCCCAUUCGCUGUGAUCGCUGUGGCUACAACACCAAUCGCUAUGAUCAUUACACUGCUCACCUGAAGCACCACACCAGAGCUGGGGAUAAUGAGCGAGUCUACAAGUGCAUCAUUUGCACGUACACCACUGUCAGCGAGUAUCACUGGAGGAAGCACCUGAGAAACCACUUCCCCAGGAAAGUGUACACUUGCAGCAAAUGCAACUACUUCUCAGACAGAAAAAAUAAUUACGUCCAGCAUGUUCGGACUCACACAGGAGAGCGCCCAUAUAAAUGUGAACUUUGUCCUUACUCAAGUUCUCAGAAGACUCAUCUAACUAGACAUAUGCGCACUCAUUCAGGUGAGAAGCCAUUUAAAUGUGAUCAGUGCAGCUAUGUGGCCUCUAAUCAGCAUGAAGUAACUCGUCAUGCAAGACAGGUGCACAAUGGCCCCAAGCCUCUUAACUGCCCUCACUGUGACUAUAAAACAGCAGAUAGGAGCAAUUUCAAAAAACACGUCGAGCUCCAUGUUAACCCACGGCAGUUCAAUUGCCCUGUGUGUGACUAUGCAGCUUCUAAGAAGUGUAAUCUCCAGUAUCAUUUCAAGUCCAAGCACCCUACUUGUCCUAAUAAAACAAUGGAUGUCUCAAAAGUGAAACUGAAGAAAACCAAAAAGCGAGAGGUUGACUUGGCUCAUAACAGUAUUACUAAUGAAAAAACAGAACAGACAAAAACAAAGGGAGAUGUGGCUGGGAAGAAAAAUGAGAAAUCUAUAAAAGUGGAGAAAAAAGAUGUUUCAAAAGAGAAAAAGCCUUGUAGCACUGUCUCAGCCUCCCAGGUGACUACUAGAACUCGCAAAUCAGCCACAGAGACAAAAGAGGUGGAUGUGCAUACAGGAAAUAGUUCAGAAAAACCCUGUAAAAGCAAAAAAAGCAAACGGAAGCUGGAAACUGAAGUCCAGUCCUUGUGUGAUCCUGUGAGUGAGGAAGGACCUGUAACCAAGAAGAAGAAGAAGACAGGAAAUAAAUCCAAAAAUGGUCAGGAGGUAUCAAAGGGCAACAGCAAAGUAGGGGAGAAUAAAGAGGAAAAUAAAAAGCAAAAUGCCUAUGUGAAGAAAAGUACAAGGAAGAAAGCUCUGAAAAGUAAAUCAAGUAAGAAAAGCAGCAAGCCUGCUCUGAAGGAGCCCCCUCAGAAGGGGGCUGCUCUGAGGGGGCCUGUGAGGAUAGAUCCUCCUGUGGAGCCAGUUCCCCCUGCCCCUGGCCAGGCUGCUGAGGAGCUGCCGCCCGCUGACGGGGAGCUGCCGCCCGCUGANNGGGAGCUGCCGCCCGCUGACGGGGAGCUGCCGCCCGCUGACGGGGAGCUGCCGCCCGCUGAUGGGGAGCCGGCUCCUCUUGGGGAGGCUGGGCAGGCACAGGUCGAGCCACAUAUGGCUGGGGAGGUACCUACUCCCAUGGAAGGCAUUGAGGAGGGGUCCCUGCCCUUGGAGCCAGCACCUAAGGAGGGGGUUCAGGAGCCUCCACCUUCCCCAGAGCCUGCACAAAAGGGCUCUGCAGAGGUGGAGCUGCCGCCUCCAGCACAACCUGCCCUUCACAUGGAGCCAAGCCCAAAAAAGUCUCCACGGAAAGAAAGUAAAAGGGAGAGGUCCAAUGUGCAGAGUGAGAUGGCCUGCAAGGAGCAAGUCCUUAUUGAAGUUGGCUUAGUGCCUGUUAAAGACAGUCAGCUUCUGAAGGAGAGCACAGAUGUGCAGGACCUCUCAACAUCAGGGUCACCAGCGUCACCAUUACCAGAGGAGGAGGGGUCAGAAGACCAAAGCUCACUCCCUGCAGGCCCUGGAGAUACAGAAGGCUCCCUGCAGAAAGAGGGAGUAGAGGUGGAGGGUAGGGCUGCUCCCAAGGAGGCUGCCAGUGUCUCAGCUUCUGUUUCGAGGCCAAGCACACAAGAAGGCCAGACCUCAGAUGAGGUUUAUGAACAUCAGACUCCCUCAGAUGAGCCUUGCGAGAUGGAAGUAGUCACAGAUGAGAGCACAGCAGAGAAUCUGCCAGCCCAAGAGGCUGCAGUUGAAGAAACAGCUUCACUGUCGCUUUUCUCUCCACCCUUGGAAGAACAAGAGACAGAGUCCAAAACUGCUCCGGCCCCAGCUCCUGUGAGCGCGACAUUAAAUGAGUCUCAGGAAAUUGAUGAAGACGAAGGCAUCCACAGUCAUGAUGGAAGUGACCUAAGCGACAACAUGUCAGAGGGGAGUGAUGAUUCUGGAUUGCAUGGGGCUAGGCAGGUUCCCCAAGAAACUGCUACAAAAAAUACAAAGGAAAUCCUGGCAGCCAAGGUGGCUGAGGGAGAUUUUGUUUGUAUCUUCUGUGAUCGUUCUUUUAGAAAGGAAAAAGAUUACAGCAAACACCUCAAUCGCCAUUUAGUUAAUGUGUACUUCCUUGAAAAAGCAACUCAAGGGCAGGAGUAAUUAAACUUUGGACAAGGUUACAGUUUCUAGUUUUACUGUAAGAGCUAUUACAUUUUAUAUUCCUUUGUAGAAGUAGACAACUUUUUUAAAAUUGCUUUAAUUAGUAGUCCAAUUUUGAUCUUUUAAAGUGGAAUUCUUUUAGGACUUUCUUGUGUGCUUGUUGAUGUACAAAUUUUAGUAAAUCCAAAAAAUCCGAGGGGGUUAGUGUACUAAAACCAGCAGACCAGAAUCAGUUAGCAGAUGUGUUCUCAAUAGCAUUGUUUCUCUGUCCGGCUGCAACUUGUCUGUUUUUCUCUCCAUGUCUGUCCUCUGUUUCAUUUUAGUUUAUCAUUAGUUGUUUCUAUAAAAUUUGGCUUAAGAGCAAAUUACUUGAAUUUGCCUGCUUUAUAUAAAGUUAGCACUUUAAGAUUUCUUUAGAGAUAAGAAAAGACAUUUAAACUGAAGAAAAAUUCUUCCAACGAUGGACAUUGUAUCAGUCCAUGUAUUUACUUCCUGAUUUUUGAUCAAUAUUUCAUGUUUGUGUGUUAAUCGUCAUAAAACAGUGAUUUUGGUGUGUUUUUUAUUUUGGUGCUUUAAUGGCUUAAGAUGUUGCACAUUGUUUUUUGUUUUUCUUUAACCUAUGCAGUAAAAUAUUUUUUAGAAGUAGCAAUUAUGCUGACCAGUAACCCUUUAUACAUGCAUGUUCAUUUUGGCCUCUAGGACGGGGGAUGCUCUUAGGCUUGUUUGCAAAGCAGCAGGUUUUUUGUUUUUUGUUUUUUUUUCCUUUGCUGCAGUUAUCUUUUUAGCAGGAAGAGUGUGUGCAAGUUUGAGCAGAUGAAACAUGCAGGUUCAGUCCAUUGAUUUUGAUCUUUACUCCCCUAUGCCAGAAUCUGUAUUGUAUACAUUAUUUAUUUUGAAUGAAUAUAGUAAAACUCACAGCUCUGUUAUGAUUUUUGUAAUUAAUAAACCACUAGGUUCCAUAGAGAACAAAUUUUUAUUUCAUAUUCCAGUCUUUUUUUUUUUUUUUUUUUUUUUUUGGCUUCUGGCAUAGCUAUUUCCUAAUUGUAGUGUUACAUUGUAUCUUUAGGGAACCUUUUCUCAUGGGUGGUUAGCGUCCAUGUGGCUAUUCAAUUAAAUGAAAAGCUAUGUGAUAUUUGGGGAUUUCAAACCUGAAGCCAGGAGACCUAAUUAUUCAAGUUUUACAGAGUAUCAUUUGUGAGAAUCCAAAGCCAUAGCUAUAAACACCACAUGCAUCUAUAAUGAGAGGUGGUAUGAAUUCUGGCAAGCCAGCUGCAAACUUCCUCUGAAUACAGUGAAUACGGCUUUGAAUUUAAAUACAGUCCAGAUUGAAGUCCUACUUGCUCAGGGAUCUCCACGCUAGUGGGUGUCCUGCUGGCUGCCCCUGUGACAGCCUCUUGCUACAGGUGAGACCUCAAGUGAACUGCAGCUGGUUGUGGUAUCCCUAUGGGGUGCUGUGUAUGAAAGGGGUGUGUGCUCCAGAACUCUGGGAGGUUCUUUGGCCAGUUGCCAAAGUGUGUGAAAGAAUCCAACAUAGGAUUUUUUUGUACUGUUAGGAGUUCACUGCAGUAAGAUUAAAUCUGAUCCCAAUGAGGGUAUCAUGAAUUCUGACCUCCCGUGUUCCAUGUUCUGAAAGUAACCCUUUGGUUUGAGUUACUUUACCUGGGGAUCUCUCUGAGGUGGGUUUCAGAUUAUGACAGUACAUCAUGAAAGUGAGACAGGUGUGGUCAUCAGAUGUCAAAAAUCUGAGAGUAGAUUUUCAGUUAAAUGUGUUGAUUAGAACAUGAAAUUGACCGGGAGGCCAAAGAUUUUAAAAAAGCAGAUUUUUUCAAGACACGAGGAAUAAGUUAAGAUGUAUGGUGGUGGUGGUGGUGUGUGUUCUGUGUGUGUGAGUGGGAAUUUGUACAUGUUGAAUUCUAGGCUCCGACAAUCAUUGUCAGCAGGAGAUCAAGCUGCAAAUAUUUAUGUUUUAAAACUUAAGUUAUAAAGCUAGUUAAUUCUGCCUAAUGACUAGUUUUAAUGUUCAUGAGCACAUUUUACCUAACUUACCUUUACUUACAUUGAAAAAAGUUCACCAUAAGCACAGAUUGGACAGUGGGAGUCCACGUGGGAAGAGUUCUUUGGAGUCUUUCAUAAGUGCAAAGGAAGGAAAUUUGCUUUCCGGUGAAUUGAAUAAAUUCCUAUGCUAGUCUUUAAGACUAGAAUGCUAAAGACU